AUGGCCAGUUAUGGAUGCUCGCUUGGCGGCUUCCUGCUUGGGAUCGACACGGGCAUCAUCGGGCCCGUCACUGUCAUGGAGUCCUUCAACGAGCCCUUUGGCCAUCCGAGCCCAACACUUCACGGCGUAAUCGUAUCAUCCAUCCUUGCAUCGGCCGCCGUCGCCUCAUUUUUAGCUGGCCACUUGGCUGACAGGCUCGGUCGGCCGGCUGGGAUCGCCAUCGGUUCUAUGCUAUUCGGGAUCGGCUGCGCCAUAGAGGCGGGUGCUGUUCACCUGGGAAUGUUUAUGGCUGGCCGAGUGGUGGCGGGCAUAGGCGAGGGCUUCACGAGCGGAAUAAUGAUUGUGUAA